UCUAAUAAACUUUCAAUUCUUCAUAAUUUCUUUUCCUUAACAUUAUUUAAAUAUUUUUAUAUAUUAAAUACUUAGCUUUCUUAGUUUUUGUUACAUUAUUAAUUUCAUUUAAUACUAACUUCAGUUGUUUUACUUUUAAUUGUGUCAAUUGUCUAUUCUGUAAACAUCAUGGUCAACUAGCUCGCCUUUGAAAUAAAGAAUAAGGAUUUGUUGAGUAGCUAUCAGUAGGCCUACGGUUACGCAUCGACAUUAACAUGAAGAAAGUUGUUUUAUUCAAAAGUGCAUCAGAAGAUUACAAAAGAGCUUUCACUGAGAACAAUUAUCAAGUGGUGUUUGUGGAACCCUUACGAUUCUCGUUCAUAAACCUUGACGCUCUCAAAGAUAAACUUGCACUUAACGAGUACGAGGGCCUAAUACUGACCAGCCCUCGCGCCAUAGACGCCGUGUCCAAAUGUUGGGAUCCCUCCAAGUUUGUAACAUGGAAUAUGAAAAAAGUCUACACAGUAGGCCCUGUGAGCAGUCAAAAAAUAACUCUUUCACUAGGCCUGGAACCGCUGGGAAGCACUGCAGGUAAUGCCGAAAACCUAGCCAAAUUAAUCAGUACCGAGAAUACAAAGACUUCAAAAUUUUUAUUUCCAUGUGGCAACCUGAGAUCGGAGACCCUUCCCAACAUGUUGCAGAUGCAGGAGAUUACAAUAGAUUCCGUCACGGUGUAUGAAACCAAGGAGAACGAGAGUCUUAAAGAAGAUUUGAUAGCACUGAACGAGGGGGACCAGGACCCGUGCUGCAUGGUGUUCUUCAGCCCGUCGGGGUGCGAGUACAUUCAUCGUCAGCUGCAGACCUUCAACAACAAGCUCUCUACAUUGCCACACUUUGCUAUCGGCAACACAACAGCACACAAAAUUGAAAAUCUGGGCUUAGAAAUAGCCGGUGUCGCAGCCAAACCUGUCCCAGAGAGUGUUGUGCAAUCUGUUAACUCUUAUUUCACACCCCACCAAUAAAUUUAAUUAGAAUUGAGUCUUGGUUUAGUUAAUUGCAAUAUGUACAAAAAAAGUGAAAAUAUAAAUGUUAAAUGUGAUAUCAACAAAAUAUACUGGUGUUGGUAUUUGUCUCUAGCUAAACAUAGGUAUAACAUUAGGCAAAAUAAUAUGUAAUAUACCAAAAUUUAUAAGAAUUUUGAUAGGCAAUAUUACUGUGAUAAAUUUCUGUUGCAUUUGAAGCACAUUAUUGUGAUAAAUUGUAGUAAAAUUUAAAAAUCUGUAACCAAUGUAUAAUAUAUAUUGUUAUAGAGGUGAUGAGUGUAAUUUUAUACAUGAAAGUUAAAAAAUUAGUGUAUGUGUACCAAUGAUGUUAUG